CUUUGUUUGGUGAUUACUUGCCAACGUUCUGCCACAUAGCCGAUGCAACACAGAGCAGUCUGCGGUAACGGAGAUAACGUUAGCUGUUUAAACAGGUCAAAUGUGUAGUUUUCUGGCCGGAGCGUAACAGUUUAAUAUACAGGAACUUAAUCAGCCUUAAGGAAGGUAACGUUAGUGUGUUUUUAAGUCGUUGUCAAAUUGGCUUUUGUGAUCAGGCUAGCGUAACGUUAGCUUAGCUAAGUUAAUUUAACUAAUUUAGGUUAACGUUACGUUACACCAGCUUAACGUUAGGUAGUUGAAGCGAUGUUGAUGACUCCCCCCGCUUCGUCUGUCGACUGGGCAGUUGAAUAGGCAAGAAUUUCCAUUGGGGAAAAAAACACAAAAGCCCCGUGGCCAUGGCUAAAGACCCAUUAGCCGAGGCAGGCUUUUAUUUUGAUGAACUCAACAAGCUAAGGGUACUGGAGCCUGAUGUCAGCCAGAAGACAUCAGAGCUCAAGGAAGAGUGUAAAGAAUUUGUCGACAAAAUUGGCCAGUUUCAGAAGAUAGUGGGAGGUCUAAUUGAGCUGGUGGAUGAAUUGGCAAAAGAAGCAGAGACAGAAAAGAUGAAGGCAAUCGGAGCCAGAAACCUGCUGAAGUCAGUGGCAAAGCAAAGAGAGGCUCAACAGCAGCAGCUUCAGGCGCUCAUAGCUGAGAAGAAGAUGCAAUUGGAGAG